AUGAAGUAUAGAAUUCAGGACAUAUGGACAUUUAAAUAUAAUUUCGAACAUAUAUUCGGAUAUUCUGUUUCCAUUCUGAAUAACAUCUUAUUUCUCACAUUAAACUACAUAUGUCAAACUAUUUACUAUAAGACAAACAAGACAAUAGCAAUUCUUCACAAAUUGUCCAAUUAUAAUCUCGAUGAGGAGUUACGCAAACAGAUUUUACAAUUUAUAUUGCAAAUAAAACUCAGGGAAGUAAAAUUUGGCAUAGGACAGUUUCACUAUGGAUAUGAUUUCAUUUACCAGAUGUACAGUGCAGUUUUGGCCUUCCUGAUAAUUUUAAUACAGGAAUGAGGAAACAGC